AUGCCUGAUGAUGCAAAAACGGACAGCCUCAUUACUGACCUCAGCUUCAGCUGGGACCUUCUCCAUCGCAGCCGAUAUGACAAUAUUGUAAUUCCAGGCAGUCUUGGUCCAUUUGCCGAAAGCGUAGAAGUGAAGCCAGCUGGUGUCCUCAUGAUUUUAGGACUUCGAGAUCCCGAUCAAGGAGUCGAAACAUCUUCAACCUCAUACGCCGCAGGCUUGCGCUGUCGCGUGACUCGAGACAGCAAAUAUGCAGCCAUGUAUCGCGUAAAGGUUGGUGGUUUGGAUGUGAAUGGACAUCUUACUGCCAAACCAGGCGACGAUGUCAACCUAAACUGUACAGUUUUAGCCUCAGAGACGGGUGAAAUCGUGAAAGAGGGUGUCAUCUACCACUGGGAUCUUCGAACUGCCCAAGGGGACUCUUUCAUCAUGGGAAAGUUGGUGAAAAAUGAGGUUAUUACUAACAAAGCACAACUUACCCUGUUGGGGCUACGCGAUUUAAGCUCGGGUCCGGCAGCAAUAGGUCGUUGUCUCGCCGAAGUGCCUCGUUCAGCCACGGAUCCAGGGUUUACUUACGCGUCGCCAUCCUUCAAUAUACUAGUUCCACCACCAGGUACCGACUCUUCUGUUAUAGGCGAGCCUCCAGAAGAUUUCCAGAUGCCUAAGAUGGCAUCAGGUAAGUUAUUUCUUGGAGUAUCCUUUAAAGCUUAUUAUCACAUUAUGGCGCAUAUAAAUUAA